CAGGCUCACCUUCAAGGAAAAGUACCAAGUUCUAGCCAGGUGCCCACAUCCCUUUCGUAAAGCCAGCAAGAGCCUAGCUUCCUGGCAUGUUGGGUAUCGCGGUUCCUUCUUUUGUAUUUCAACAUGCAAGGACGAAUUUAUCCUGGACAGCACGCUCACGAUUACGGUGAUUAGUAUAACGAAUAUGGCGAGCUCUCUCACGGGGAUUUCUGUAUAGACUUUGCUUGGGCUCCACAAAUGCGUACACCUCUUCGAUUAUCCCUCUAUCUCCGUCACUACUCUCAAGCCCCUGAGCGAUAAGUCUUGUCUAAAAUCCAUACUGGCGCAGAUGAUUUCACCUCUAGAACCUGAAAAACUUGAGGGACGUGUCCAAUCCUACUUGCUUCUUAUAAUCGUCGGAAUAUGCGUUGCAGUAGCAUUCCUUUCUAGAUUCGUCAAUUCCCGGAAACUCGAAGUUAACGUACCUCUCGAAGGCUCCUCCGGAGUCCCCUCAUCGUACAUCGACGCGUAUGACUUUAUCGCAGACACCAAAUCCAUACUCAAGCGAGCUUAUGAUAAGUAUGGAAAGGGAACAUUCAAGAUCCCUCAACUGAAUCUGUACAUCGUUAUGGUCAACAAACGUGAAGUCAUCGAAGAGGUUAGGAAGGCUCCGGACAAUAAAGCCUCUUCCGAAGAGGCGGGGAUUGAGGAGUUUGCAUUCCGUUGGACAUUUGGAUUGGAAGUAGCGAGAGAUACUUACCAUCUCGCAACCAUCCGUAAUCAGUUGACUCACUCUUUGAGCUUGAUUUUCGACAACGUCCACGGCGAGAUUAUACAUGCAUUUAGAGACCUUGUUCCGCCCAAGAGUGAUGACUGGGUUUCCGUCCCUGCGUUGGAUACGAUAAGGAAUAUCGUAUGCAGAGUUAGCAACAGGAUUUUCGUUGGCAUCCCCCUUUGCAGAAAUCCAGAGUAUACCGAGCUAAGCAUCUACUUUGCUAUUGAUGUCAUGAAAACGGUGUACAUGAUUCACAAUACACCUGCAUUUUUGCGUCCUAUUGUCGGUGCAUAUUUCAGUCCAACGAAUCGAAGUGUCCGUAAGGCAAUGAGGCUGCUUCGCCCCGUAUUUGAGGAGCGGUUUCGUAUGUAUGACGAAAAUGGCCAUGAUUGGCCAGGAAAACCGGUCGACAUGAUUUCAUGGCUGAUUGACGAAGCGCCAAAGAACCGAAAUAUUCGAGAUCUCACAAUGCGGAUCCUUCACAUAAACUUCGCGGCUAUUCACUCAUCUUCGAGUAGUUUCACUCACGCGUUGUUCCACCUUGCGGCUGAACCACAAUAUAUUCCGCCUUUACGGGAAGAGAUCGAGCAAGUGAUCAAGGAGGAAGGAUGGUCUAAGGUGGCAAUGACGAAGCUGUGGAAACUUGAUAGCUUCAUGAAAGAGAGCCAACGGAUUAAUGGCCUUAUGCUAACGGGUCUUACUCGCAAGAUAAUGUCCGACUUCACGUUGUCGCAUGGAACCUUCCUGCCUGCUGGCACGUUCGUGGCCGCGAAUUUAACAGGAGUUCACCAUGACGAUUCCUACUAUCCAGAUGCAGACAAGUUUGACGGAUUCCGGUUUGCAAAGUUGCGCGAGCAGAACCCGGAUGAGAGUGUAAAGCACCAAAUGGUCAAAACUAGUCCAGAAUAUCUUCCAUUUGGACAUGGACGACAUGCCUGUCCAGGCCGUUUCUUCGCAGUAAACGAGCUCAAGGCAAUGAUGGCAUAUCUGAUUUUGAAUUACGACGUGAAAGCGGAAGUAGAGGGAGUACGGCCUGAGAACGAGUACUACCGUAAUCAAUUGUCACCGAACUCCAAAGCCAAAAUCCUGCUCAGGAAGCGAACGGACGUAUAAGGUUAUCGCCACCCAUUCACUAUGCAGAAGUUGGCCAAAGGGUUUGGAGUUCCAUGUCAUCAGUAUGCGUUGAAAUGUUUUUGUUUUUGUAAGUAAAUGUUUGUAAAAGUGCUCCAAUCCUCAGAGUAUCUUUGUUGCAACUAGAAAGUUGAAGUGUUCAUAGUCAAUGUUUUAAACG